UGGUCGCCCAAGCUUAUAAAGUGGACGCCGAAGUGCUCGGCGCGUCCCGCGGCUGUACCGCGGUUUUGCGCUGCGUCGUCCCGAGCUUCGUCAAGGACCUGGUCCGAGUCGUAUCCUGGCUGCAGGAGCCCGCCUUCUACAUAUAUCCUUCGCUCCAAGGAGAUGGAAAAUUUCACCUUCUACCAACUGGUGAACUGUUAAUACACAACCUGGAAUUCAGUGACCAAUUUCCAACUUAUAGAUGCAGGACGAUGCAUCGUCUAAGCAGACAAGUUGUCGUCAGUUCUCCAGCAAAUGUUAGACUAAAUGAACAUCGUGGUAUAGUUUCUCCAAGCAUAGUAGAACACACGUCGUCAGUCCAGGUGGCGCAGGAUGAAGGUGCCGUUUUACUCUGCGUGGCCCAAGGGUGCCCAACACCUGAAUACAG